AUGAAGUCUGCGGCCGCACACUUCCUCACCGCGCCUUCCACGCGCGACGGCGUUGGGGAGGCGGCGAUCAGCGCAAUCCGGCAGACGGCUGCUUCAGCAGCGGCAGGAGUGCCGUGCAACACAGCGGCCACUCACUCCGCGGGCGACGACACCGCGCAGCGCGCUCUUCACACGUCACUGGUCCGCAUGCUGUGGGCGCCGCGCCCUGUGUUUCUUGCCCCGCUGCUGCGCUCACCGCGUGUUAGCGGGUCGGUGGUAUUGCUUGACAGCGUUCCGUGCGGCGCUGUGUGUUUUGGUGGGCGCGUUGUGCGUUGCGAGGGGCCGGGACGGAACGGCAGCGCCACCACACCGCGGCCAUACACGGCCAUGUUGGUCUCCGACACGACAGGCAUCAUUGCGGUUGUGCAGCUCCACCCACCUGUGGAGAGCGACAGUGGUGGUGCUCCUGCUGCUGCCUUGGCGGACGAAAACUCCACGUCGUCCAAUAACAGCGCGGCGGCAGCGGUGGGCGAUGACGACGAUAUUCGCGAGAAUGACUACGUGUUCGUUGCAGGGAGGCUUGCCUUUGCGGAUGUGUCGAAGGACGUACACCGGGUCGUGCAAGGCGCCAUGGAUUUUGUGGCAGGCAGUGUUCAGCGAAGUGUGGAUGACCGCUUCUGCGUGCGUGGCGCCGUCCGUCUCAUCAACGACGCGAGCGAGUUGCACUACUGGGCGCUGAGCGCGCUGGAGACGCACGUGCGGCUGCUGGCCAAGGCACAAUGA